GUGCGCAUUAUCCUUUAAUUAAGGGCGGUUUCCAGCUGCUGAAGUGUCUCCAGGUGAGCCGUGCGUGCCGACAUGAAAUCACGCCAGCUCAUUUGUUUGAUUUUUCUGUCAAGUUUAACGUUCGCCCCAGGGCAGAAUUUAGGCUGCCAUAAAAAACAAUGGCAGUGUGAUGAUGGCAGCUGCAUCCCUAACAAAUGGAGAUGUGAUGGAGAUGGAGACUGCCUGGAUGGCUCUGAUGAGAUGGACUGUACUGCCUCUCCCGAUUGUCAGCCAGGCCAGUUUCCAUGCAUGGACUCAGUUGCCUGUGUUGACGCCUCUGCGCGCUGUGAUGGGAAAAAGCAGUGUCCGACCGGCUCUGAUGAGGAGAACUGUGUGGUCUCAGAGGGCUGUUUAAACUCAGACUGGACAUGUCAGAACAAGAUUUGUAUUCCCAAAGAGCUGCGCUGCGAUGGAAAGAACGACUGUGUGGACAACUCUGAUGAAGAGGGCUGUGAUGUGUGUAGCGAGGACGCUCUAUCUUGUCCAGAUGGCAUGUGUCUUUCUGCUGAAGAAAGGUGUGAUGGGAAGGUCCACUGCUCGGAUGGCAGCGACGAGCCCAUAACCUGCGGGCAUACUUGCUCUGUGAACAAUGGCGGUUGCAGCCACUUGUGUGUAGAUGAGACCUGGGGUGCACUGUGCACAUGUCCUGCUGGAUAUGAACUUUCUGUCAAUGGAGCAGUCUGCAAAGAUUUGGAUGAAUGUGCCCUUCCCUCUGCACCAUGCCUGCAUCAAUGCACCAACACGGUUGGAUCUUAUGUUUGCCACUGUAGAGAAGGCUUCAAACAGAAUGGUGGCAUUGCCUGUCUAGCUACAGGUAACGAUACUCGACUGCUGACAGUAAUGAGGACGUCUGUAGGGCUGCUGAAUGUCAAGUCUCAACGGUUUGAUGUCGUCCAGAGUCUUUUGUUCAACCCAGUGGCCCUGACAUAUGACAUUACCAGAGGCUGCUACUACUGGGCUGAUGGGGCAGGCCGCAUAUAUAAGAGCGAUGGACAGCGCAGCAGAACAAUCUAUACUGGUGAGCUUGGAAUUAAGGGUCUAGCUUGUGAUUGGCUGAAUGGAAACCUGUUCUGGACCAAUCAGAGGACCGAAUCAAUCUACAUGCAAGCAGAUGACAAAAGUUAUACUACUCUGUUGAGCAAAGACAUCAGUCCGUCGGAAUUGGUUCUUAUACCAGUGGAGAGCUUGAUGUUUUGGAUCAACACAGGCCCUGCUGAUAGGAUGACCAUUGAAAAAUCCUGGAUGGAUGGAUCAGACAGAAGCACUAUGGCUGUGCUAACAGCUCAGUCGGCUCAUGGGCUCACAGCGGAUGCUGCAGCCAGAAGGCUCUACUGGAUUAGUGACUUUAAGAAAUCCAUUGAGACAAUGAAUGUGGAUGGAACGAGCACCUAUUCCUUUACUGGACUGUUCAACCGGAGACCAGCUCUGAGCCUGGCCGUGUUUGAAAGUUCCUUCUAUUGGGUUGAUGAUAAGGGCCUCUGGCAGGUGCCUCAGGACCAACCAAGCCAGAGGAAGUUUCUCUGGAAAUACACAGUUCCACUCCUCAGUGUUUACCAUGAGCUGCAGCAGCCUAGAGGCACUUCUGCAUGUGCCAAGACCCCGUGCCAUAUCUGUCUUCUAACUAACAGCAACCCUGUAGGGUUCACAUGCACUUGUCCCAACUCCAAAGUUCUGAUGCUUGAUGGAACAUGUGAAUAUCCUAGGUUCCUUUAUGCUACCUCCAGCAGUAUCAAUAUGUUGGCGUUUCAAGGCAGCGUGUUCACCAUAACUGAGCUCUUUUCCACUGACGAGAGCAUCCUGUCAUUUGAUGUUGACUGGAAUCAAGACUGGCUGUAUUGGGCCAACCAAACUGGACACAUCCAGCGCACCAGCUUAACCCGAGUCAAGACUGAAUGGAUUCCGACACCUAUGUCAGUUUGCCAAAUAAAAGUUGACCAGAAGAGUGGCAGCAUCUAUUGGGUGUCACGUGACCAAACCCGCAUUGGUUCAGUAGAAGUGAAUAGUCGUUAUGCGCAGCAGUUGUAUCACACGACAAAGCAGAUUCAAAACUUUUACCUGGACUGGCUGAGGGGUGGGAUCAUCUGGCUGGAGGAGCAGAAGAUCUUUAGUAUGAGCAUGACAGGAAGCAAAGCUAAAGAACUUGUGCACUUGGCAGAAGUCACAGGGAACAUUGCCUUUGACCUCAGAGCCGCUAGUCUGCUGUGGAACUCAAAAAUGGGAGGCCUGACAACAAUGAGUCUGCUCCAGGAUAAAAAACACCAAGCUGGAAAAAGAUGGAAUAUUUCCGGCUCGGUGGUAGGUGCCUUUGAGCCAUACCUGCUGUCUCGCUACAAAGACGCCAUGACUCUGUGGGAUCGGCGUGAUGGGCGCCCCAUUCAAGAUGUGACUGUGAAAGGUCAAGUGGUCAAUGUGAUGACUGCACUUGAGGACAUACAUGCAGUACCUGUUACUGUGAUCUGCAAUACGCCAGCUAUGCUGUGUAAGGACACAUCUAUCUGCCUCGCUCCAAACCAACUUUGUGAUGGCAAGGAAGAUUGUCCUGAUGGAGAUGACGAAGAUUUUUGUGUUAAAACAUGUCCAUCCAAAGACGAUUUUAAGUGUAAAGACCGGAGGAGAUGUGUGUCCAAGACUCUGCUCUGCGACGGACGUUCUCAUUGCUUCGAUGGCUCGGAUGAGGUUGGCUGCCCUACUGUUGCCUUGCCGGUGACUCAAGCAAAUGUCCUCAAGUGUCGCAAGGGCUAUAGGCAAUGCAAAAAUGGGGUAGAGUGUGUAUCAUACAGCCAUGUGUGCGAUGGAGAGAGAGACUGUAAGGAUGGGUCAGAUGAAGAAGAAUGUGAUGAACAGCAUGUGACUGCACCAAAACCAUCCAUUGAAGCAUCAAGAAAAAUUGUACCUUCAAGUUCUGUACCAUCUCUGCCGUCCUGCAUCAGCCCCUCUGUGCUUUGUCCUCAUCCUUCUGUUGGCCUCUGCAUCACCCCAAAGCAAUUUUGCGAUGGGCAAAAAGACUGCCCUGAUGGCUCUGAUGAAGAUAACUGUGUUAAAAGAUGUCCCUCUAAAAAUGAUUUCCGCUGCAAGGAUCGUAGAAGCUGUGUUUCUAGGAGCCUCGUUUGUGACGGCCGUGCUCAUUGUCACGAUGGCUCUGAUGAAGUUGGCUGUGCCAGUGUCGAAACCCCUGCUAGCCAGGAAAAGGCCUUGAAAUGUCUUGUGGGCGCUAAGCUCUGUCAGGAUGGGAGUGAAUGUGUGCUCUUCAUUCACGUGUGUGAUGGAGAGUUCGACUGCGCAGAUGGUUCAGAUGAAAAAGGAUGUGACACUACCAACCCUGUAAGAAAUCCCCACCUGAAUCAUUCACCUUUACCCGUUAGUGCUCAACCUCCAAGCAAACUCGCCUGUCAGAGACCUUCAUUUAUUUGUCCAGAUUUUUCAUGUAUUCUCCCAACACAGCUAUGUGAUGGAAUAAAAGAUUGUCCUGAUGGAUCGGAUGAGAACUGCAUAAAACAAUGCCCAAAUAAAUUGGACUUUCUCUGCAAUGACCGACAAAGCUGUAUCUCCAAGAGUCUUGUUUGUGACGGCCGAUCUCAUUGCCACGACAGCUCAGAUGAAGUCAAUUGCCCAACCGUAACUCCAACCACCUCCCGGGGAAACAUCCUGAAGUGCCGCUUGGGCUUCCGACUAUGUCGGGAUCAUACUGAAUGUGUUCUUUUUAGCCACGUGUGUGAUGGAGAAAGAGACUGUGGGGAUGGAUCAGAUGAAGAUGAAUGUGAAGCAACUCAAACUCCAUCUUCUGUCGUAAAUUCAAGCCUAAAUCAAUUGCCACCAUCUGUGAAAGCCUUUAAUACACCUCCCCCCAAGCCGUCUUGUAGAAGCCCAGCAGUGGCAUGUCCAGAUUCAUUCCUUUGCAUCAGCCCAACACAGAUCUGUGAUGGAACAAACGAUUGUCCUGAUGGAUCAGAUGAGAACUGCAUAAAACAAUGCCUAAAAAAAUUGGACUUUCUUUGCAAAGACAGGCAAAGCUGUAUCUCCCAGAGUCUUGUUUGUGACGGCCGAGCUCAUUGCCGCGACAGCUCAGAUGAAGUAAAUUGCCCAACCGUAGCUCCGCCCACCACCCAAGGAAAGGCCCUGAAGUGCCGCUUAGGCUUCAGACUAUGUCGGGAUCAGACUGAAUGUGUUAUUUUUAGCCACGUUUGUGAUGGAGAGAGAGACUGUGAGGAUGGAUCAGAUGAAGAUGAAUGUGAAGCAACUCAAACUCCAUCUUCUGUCGUAAAUUCAAGCCUAAAUCAAUUGCCACCAUCUGUGAAAGCCUUUAAUACACCUCCCCCCAAGCAGUCUUGUAGAAGCCCAGCAGUGGCAUGUCCAGAUUCAUUCCUUUGCAUCAGCCCAACACAGAUCUGUGAUGGAACAAACGAUUGUCCUGAUGGAUCAGAUGAGAACUGCAUAAAACAAUGCCUAAAAAAAUUGGACUUUCUUUGCAAAGACAGGCAAAGCUGUAUCUCCCAGAGUCUUGUUUGUGACGGCCGAGCUCAUUGCCGCGACAGCUCAGAUGAAGUAAAUUGCCCAACCGUAGCUCCGCCCACCACCCAAGGAAAGGCCCUGAAGUGCCGCUUAGGCUUCAGACUAUGUCGGGAUCAGACUGAAUGUGUUAUUUUUAGCCACGUUUGUGAUGGAGAGAGAGACUGUGAGGAUGGAUCAGAUGAAGAUGAAUGUGAAGCAACUCAAACUCCAUCUUCUGUCGUAAAUUCAAGCCUAAAUCAAUUUCCAUCAUCUGUGAAAGCCUUUAAUACACCUCCCCCAAGCAGUCUUGUAGAAGCCCAGCAGUGCCAUGUCCAGAUUCAUUCCUUUGCAUCAGCCCAACACAGAUCUGUGAUGGAACAAAAGAUUGUCCUGAUGGAUCGGACGAGAACUGCAUAAAACAAUGCCUAAAAAAAUUGGACUUUCUUUGCAAAGACAGGCAAAGCUGUAUCUCCCCUAGUCUUGUUUGUGACGGCCGAGCUCAUUGCCGCGACAGCUCCGAUGAAGUCAAUUGUCCAACCGUAGCUCCACCCACCACCCAAGGAAAGGCCCUGAAGUGCCGCU